AUGGCAGAAAAUAAAGCUUCUAGCGAUAGUGAUACUGCUAACUUGAUCGAAUUGAAGCAAGACGACAAAUCGAAUCAUGAACCUAUCAAAAAAGAAGGGAUUACUGCUAACCAAAGAUCGACAUCAUUAGUAAUAUUUCUUUAUAAUGCGGCGGUGGUUUCCAUUAUCUUUUCAUUACUCUUUCCAUUUUUUUCACCAGUGGCUCUUAAGAAGAAAGUUAGCAAUUUGCAAAUCGGAUUUAUCUAUGCAAUUUAUCCAAUGACGAAAGUAGUUUUCUCACCAUUGGUUGGUAUGUCGAUGCAUAAAAUAGGUUUAAAGUAUACCAUAUGGAUUGGAUUAUUCCUAGAAGGUGGAUGCACUAUUCUUUACGGGACGGUUCUCUCUAGUAUAAUAGCUAUUGCUAGCAUUGGAAUCUCUGUAGCGUUGGCUACAGUUCCUGCUUUGCCUGAUAUAUUACGCGGAACUACAGCUAGGCUAGUAAAUGUACAAAUACAAAUUGUUGGCCACACUCUUGGAGGCGCCUUCGGACUUUCUUCUUCUCAUGAUUUCCGCUGGUGUUCUUCGGCUUUAGGAAUGUUGGCAAUUAUUCAGGGGUUUGUUGUAAUCUUAUUGACGAUAUUUGAGGCGUGGAGCAAUCGCAAAUCUCCACAACCUUUAUAA